AUGUUGAAAGCCAUCUUUUCCUCGUCGAGCAGCUCCAAGUCGGCAAAGGUAAAAGCGCCGAACGAUACAGCCGGCUCCUCACCAUCCUCAUCCAAAAGCAGAACAGCUUCACCUGCAUCGUCGCCCAAUAUGUCUUCUGGUCCGCUUCCGCCAUCGCACGGAUCUAGCUCUGCCAUGGCUGCUUGGACUGUUCCGCCGUUUCCAUAUCCUCUUCCGGAGAGUCGCAUUGGCAUUCUGACGACAGAACAGGGCCUGCUGGUUUAUCCUCGUAACUCCACACACUUACAUCAGCACCGACAUUAUCACCAUGGCCACACAAGUCACCACGUCAAAGCGAGCACCUCAGCAGUUCCAUCCACACCCGCUUUUCGUCCCUUUGGCUCAGGCGAUGGCUUCAAGGUCGCUACGAUUGGCGCUUACAAUGCCUCAUCGCUGGCAGCUUCGACCGCUUCACUCACUGCCACAGGAGCUCUUCCGCCAAUCACCUCGCCCGAUGUCGGCUUCCUUAUCGACUGGAGCAAAGAUGCCAAGAUCACUCCUCUCCAGCCUGCCGCCUGCAAGGCAAUCCUAGACGGUGCAUCGUCAGACGAUGCAUCCAUCGAGUGCUCUGGUAUCAUCGGCCUUUCACGCUUCUUCAGCAGCAGCUACCUAUUCGUCAUCACUAGCUCAAACCUCAUCGGUCACUACUUCCACCAUACCCGCCCGAUCUAUUGCUGUACUGGUGUCCUACCCAUCCCAUUGCUACGAGAAGAAGCAUCCCAGGCUAUCCAUGCUCAAGCAGCAAAACAAGGCAGUGCAGCUUCACAAACUCCCGCUGCUGCUCAGCCCAGUGACUUUUCGACGGAUGAAGAUGCUGCUGGAGAUAGUAGCUCAGCAAGCGAUAGUGAUUCAUCCGAGUCAGACUACGACGACGUUGAGACUCCGGCUGCCAUCCCCAAAGAGCCCUUCUUUUCAUCUCUAUCCAACACUCAACGAUCUGAUACUUUACGCAUGCCCAAGUCGAGGCCUUGGCUCACACGCGCUGCUCGUGCAGUAUCCGAUGGUCGCAUUGAGACCAUCUCUGAAGACCCAGCCACGCAGUCUCGGUCCGCAGAUGCAUCGACCGAUGUCGUGGAGCUUCCCGCUGCUAACCCACUCCCUCAGUCGCCUGAAGAGAUCCAAGAUAAAGCUGCUGUGGAAGAGCUUCCUGCAACAGUAGCGUCGGCGACUCCCGAUGAACAGUGGCACGCUGCUAAGCAAGCCGAGUUGGAGGACAAGGCGGUCAGGGAAACAGCCAAGUACUGGGCUCGAGGCGAGUUUUGGUUCAGCUACGACUUUGAUCUUACGACUUCGCUGCAGAACAAGAGACGGGCGCUGGAGAACAAUCCCAAGCCAGACAUGAGCCCCACUUCCAGAUCCAUGCCGCUACCCACCACGAAGGUUCUCAGUGAGGAUGCUGAGGAGAUAGCUGCUUUCCCUUUGCUCGCUGAGCCGUACCCAAACUUGCCGCUGUGGAAAAGAGCCGAUCGCAGAUUCUGGCAUAACGAGCAUAUGUCGAAGGAUCUCAUUCAUGCUGGACUCCAUGCUUAUAUCUUGCCUGUCAUGCAAGGGUAUCUGCAGACUGUCACUUUGCCAAUCCAGCCCAUUGGCCAGGCCAAUCAGGAAGAAGCUCCGAAAGAUAGCGCAGAUGCAUUUCUGCGCUGUCAAAUGAUGGUCAUCUCCCGCCGAUCCAAGGAGCGCGCAGGACUACGCUAUCAGCGUCGAGGAAUCAACGAGUCCGGCCAGGUCGCCAACUUUGUUGAGACCGAACAAAUUCUCUACGUCCUCCGCAGCUCCACCAAACCCAAGUCUGAGAUGAUCGGAGAUGUUCUCUCUUUCGUCCAGAUCCGUGGUUCGAUCCCUCUCUAUUGGUCUCAGAGCCCAUUCUCGCUCAAGCCACCACCCGUACUCGAGCGUACCGAAGCAGAAAACACCGAAGCCUGUCGCAAGCAUUUCUCCGUCCAAGUCGAACGCUACGGAUCCAUCACCUGCGUCAACCUUGCCGAACAAGGUGGUAAAGAAGGCCACAUUUCAAAAGCCUACAAGACCGCCGUUGAGAACCUCAAAACCGAAGCUGCGAGUACGGAGGGAAAGCAGUGGGAUAGAAGCAAGUUGCAUUAUGUCGAUUUUGACUUUCACAAAGAAUGUUCUGGAAUGCGGUUUGAGAACGUGGCCAAGCUCAUAGGUCAAAUGGAGGAAACGUUGGGGCAGAUCAAGUAUUAUCAUCAUAGUGUAGGAGGGGAAAGGGAGGGGAAGGUGGAGGUGUUGAGUAGGCAAACGGGUGCGUUUCGGGUUUCGUGUUUGGAUUGUUUGGAUAGAACGAAUGUGGUUCAGUCUGCGUUUGCUAGGCAUGUGUUGACUGGGCAGAUGGCAAGAUUGGGGAUCAGGGUUGGUGCUGCUCCUGACACUGCUAGUGUUUCCGCUGCGGCCUGA